GGAAAAAGCAAACCCCUCUAUUAUAAAAAAUACUCUUAGUAUUUGCAGCAGUUCUCUAGUUAAUAAGCAGGGGAUCAAGCUCACUCAAAUUGGUUUGCUUGCCACUGUCGGGUCAGGUCUCCAUUUUAAAUGUGAAACCCUCCAGUCUUCUCAGGAUCAAGGACACCCCUCACUCCCCACGUGCGCCCCCCCCCCCCCCCAGUCUCUGGCACCCUCAGCUAGGCGUUCCUCACUUCAGAUUUUUCUACAACUCCUCUUCUGAGACAUGCAUGACGACAACUUUUACACUAUUUAUCUUAAACCGGGAGAGAACCUCAGGUGAUGGCAUUUGUGCUUAGAAAAUGGAUUUAGUCCUGCGGCCGGAAGCGGUGUCCCUAAGCGGCCAGCAGAGCCCAGGGCCUGGCGCGGCGGGUGCUGAGCCUCCCGGGGUCGCGCCGGCCAGUCGGGCGCAGGCGGGCGGAGCCACCGAGAAGCGCCCCUCCCGGCUCCGCCCUCCGCCCCUCGCGGGUACCUGGCGGCCGCGGCGGGCGGCGGGCGGCCCGCGGCGGGCGGCGGUCGGGGGGCGGCGCUGCGCAGCGUCACGCGGCGGGGUGGGAGCGCGGGCAGGUGACUCGGGCGGCCUCCUCCCCUUUCCAGCGCGCUGGGCGGCCAGGGCAGCAGGGGUCGCAGUGAGCUGCUCGGCGUCCGCGCAGCCGCCCGCCGCCGCCCUCCGCUCCCGCGCGCCGGGCGCUCCGGAUCCGCUCGCGGCGGGGUGCAGCCUCUCAUCUCACCUUGGAAGCAACCCAGAUGCCCAACAACAGAUGAGUGGCUAAGAAAAAUUAUGGUAAUUCUGAUUAUCAGCCAGCUGACAGAAGGGAGUUAGCAGAGAAAAAAGUAGUGCUGACCUGAUUCCAUACCAAAAAAUCUGUUAUAAGUGCCCGUAAAUCCUGUGGAAAAUGGUCUUCAGCGAUCUUACAUCCAGGACUGUGCGUCUUUAUGAUAACUGGAUCAAAGAUGCAGAUCCACGAGUUGAAGAUUGGUUUCUUAUGUCUUCACCUCUGCCACAAACCAUCAUCCUGGGGCUCUAUGUCUAUUUUGUCACUUCUCUAGGACCAAAAUUAAUGGAGAAUCGAAAACCCUUUGAACUCAAGAAAGCGAUGAUAACAUACAAUUUUUUCAUAGUACUCUUUUCUGUGUAUAUGUGUUAUGAGUUUGUGAUGUCUGGCUGGGGCACAGGUUAUUCAUUUCGAUGCGAAAUAGUUGACUAUUCACAGUCUCCUGAAGCAUUGAGGAUGGUACGCACCUGCUGGCUUUAUUACUUCUCCAAAUUUAUCGAGCUGUUAGAUACUAUCUUUUUUGUUCUGCGUAAGAAAAAUAGCCAAGUGACUUUCCUGCAUGUGUUCCAUCAUACCAUCAUGCCAUGGACCUGGUGGUUUGGAGUCAAAUUUGCUGCAGGUGGAUUGGGAACAUUCCAUGCCCUUCUAAAUACAGCUGUACAUGUAGUCAUGUAUUGCUAUUAUGGACUGUGUGCAUUGGGGCCAGCCUACCAGAAGUAUUUGUGGUGGAAAAAAUAUUUGACAUCAUUACAGCUUGUCCAGUUCAUUAUUAUCACCAUACAUAUAAGUCAGUAUUUUUUCAUGGAGGAUUGCAGUUACCAGUUUCCAGUCUUUGUGUACAUUAUUAUGAGUUACGGGUGUAUAUUUCUGCUGCUCUUUCUCCAUUUUUGGUACCGUGCUUACACCAAAGGUCAGCGGCUGCCUAAAACUGUGAAAAAUGGAGUCUGCAAAAACAAAGACCACUAAAACUGAAGCACAGUAUGGAUCUAUGAAUUAGACUGGUAUCUUUUCUUCCUUGACAAUCAAGAUGUAUUUGCAGUGCAUUUUGUAUAUUUUUCAAACUAAGAGCUUGUAUUUUUAUGAGAAGUUACUAGGGUUACUGAUAUUUGAAAGCCCAUACGUAGCUCUCAGCAUCAAUCGUCUGGUAAUUAGGCCUAAAGCAGCCAUUUUUUUGCUGCUUUUAAACCUAAUCUAAAGAUUUCAUUUAAUAAAACUUUGUUGAAAUUGAAAGAGGAUGUGAAGUAGUAUAGUACUUUUCAAAGAAGUCCCGUAUCGAUGAAAAAUAUCAUUAGAUAUUUUGAGCAUGGACAGAGAUCCAUAUAGUACAAUAGAUUCCUUCUGCUGGGUCUGAAGAUAGAACUGUGGAUUUGCUUUGUUGCUUAUUCACUAUGUUCAGAAGACACUAUAUUCACCUGAGAGUGAAAUUCUCAUACUAAAGAGCUAAUUCUCAUACUAAAGAGCUAACUCUGCUGAAAAGUCCAGUGAGUCUUUAAUAAGCUGUCUUUUAAAAUCACUAGCAAUAUUACAUAAUCUCUUGAGUGGUUGCUACUAGCUUUGCUGUUGAUGUCCUCAUAGCAUUUUUGUAUAAACUGUUUAAAAGUAACAAUCUUUUUCAGCUACAACAUGAAUUAGUACUGAUGCACUUGACACAAAGGUGAAGCUAAUAUUUUGAAAACAAGAUGAAGACUUUGUUAGUAUGUUUUACAACUAAUUAUUUCUGGGAAGAGGUGUUAAGUACUACAGUAAACUAAAGUAUUCUGUAGCUCAAUGAGAAAAAAUAAGUUAUUUGUUGCCUUUAUAAUGUCACUUUCUCUUACUGUCAUAUUUAGACUAAAUAUAUAUUGCUUUGACACAUAAAUGUUCAUAUUAUUAACACACUGCAGGAACCCUUGAAUGAGAAAUGAUUUUAGAUCACCCAUUACGCCCUUUUCAGGGAUGGGUUAGAGUGGUUUAUGAAGCAACUGGAAGCAAAUGACAGCACAGAGAUUAUCCAUUGGAGAUUUAAUAUAUCAAAUUGUCUCUUUGGAGAGAGGGAAGCCCUAUAUAAUACUUAGAGAUACAGUGCAUAUAAUUUUUUCUGGAAUUAUGAAUUAAGUAGCAAUUCGAUUUUCUUUUUUUGCUAACCUGUAAACUAUGUAAUAAAUGAUUGAAUUUAUUUUAUAAA